AUGCCUCAGCCAAUAGAUGACGUUAAGACUGUGAUACCAAAGCUUAUUGAUACUGUUAGGUAUUCUGUUGCAGUAUCAGCACAUGAUAUAAACUUUUAUCGAACAAUAGAUGCUGAGAUCGACGGCAUUUCUUCUGAUUUUUCUGACUUGCUUUUACGCUUGUUGGAUAAUUUAGCUGAUCGGGUUCACCAAGAUAAACAUCCUCUACAUACCAAGAGCAAGCUUAUUUGGGAGCAGGUAGAGUCAUCUCUAGAUUCGAUCUAUGAGAAGGUCGACAUUGCUACUGAAAAACGUACAAUCAAAAUUCAAGACGUACAGGAAAGUGGAUUGCAAUCUACAGCAAGUGGAGACAUCGAAAAGCCACAGCAUAAAUUCGAGGACGAAGUUAACAAUUCUGACAUAAGUCCAUUUGUUCCUAAGUUAACAUCGAAGCCCUUUGCUCUUGAGCCACUUGAUGUGCUGCUACGCUGCGAUGCAAAUGGGCUUUACCCUCAACCUUACGAGCAUGAGAUCAUGAGUCAGCCAUAUCCAGAAGAGAUAUUAGUGGUAAGUGAACCUAUUAAGCCACAUGAUUGGGAUUCGAAAGAAGCGAUAAUGGUGUCUACAAAAGACCAAUUAAAAGAAAUGGUUGAAACUCUUCAAUCUUCCAAGCAAAUUGCUGUAGACUUGGAGCAUCACGAUUUGCGAUCAUACUAUGGUAUAACGUGUCUCAUGCAGAUUUCAGAUAGAAACCAAGAUUGGUUAGUUGAUGUCUUGGCCCUCAGGUCUGAAAUGGAGAUUUUGAAUACCGUCUUUGCGGACCCAAAGAUUGUCAAAGUGUUUCAUGGUGCCUUCAUGGACAUAAUAUGGCUUCAGAGAGAUUUUGGACUUUACGUUGUAUCACUUUUUGAUACCUAUCAUGCUGCAAAAUUGUUAGGAUUUCCUAAAUUAUCACUCGCUUACUUGUUGGACCGAUUUGCAGGUUUCAAGGCAUCUAAAAAAUUUCAACUAGCUGACUGGCGAAUCAGACCAUUGUCUUCUUCUAUGGCAAAAUAUGCCCGAGCAGACACGCAUUACCUUCUUUAUAUUUAUGAUAGUCUUCGAAACCUAUUGGUCACCGAGGACAAUUCAAAGCUCAAACUCGUUCUUCAUUCAUCGCGAAAAGUGGCGCUGCGCAGAUUCGAGUACAUCAGAUUCCGAAAUUUGGACAGUGAAUUUAUCGACGAAGCUACACAAAUCAUGAGGAAUUAUAAUAUUUCGAUAAAGUAUGAGGCUCAUGUGAGACAAAUAUCUGCCUGGAGAGAUAAAUUGGCAAGAGAUUUAGACGAGUCGCCCCGAUAUCUCAUGCCGAACAGUGUAUUAGUGAAGCUCUCAAUUGGUGAGAUGCCGGCGAACGUUCUCACAUUGCAUCGAGUAUCCAAUGUUAACUUAGACAAAGAAGCUUUGGAAUCCUUGGUCCAGUUAGUCCGCAGUGCACAUUCGAGAAAUCUUCAAAAUGUCGAUUUAAAUAAUGGAUUGGAAGAAGAUGUACCACAACUGAGACAGCGCUCGGUCAAUGACCUUUUAGACGGACAGUCGCAGCUUUUGCUGUCGAACGGGGAUCUCUUACAUCAUCAGUCAAUAAUUUUUUCUGCAAGGCUCUUAGUGAGAAUACCUAGAGCGACUACGGGGAAGGUGAUCAAGCCAAAAGCCGAAGAAACGCUGAAUAUUUGCCCACCUCAAAUCGAGGCAGAGGAGAUGACAAGAGAAGAUGAAGAUCAUAUGUUUGUUCAGGCCAUUAAAGAACAUAGAAAGUCUACGCAUCAAAAUGAACGUAAGGCUAGCCGUGUCGAAGUGAAGUCACCAAACUUUUUGAAUUAUGAAAAAGCUUUACAAGACCAAAAUGUCCAAAAGGAAACAGCGAAGUUACGUAAAAGGAAAGAGCUAUUGAGUGAAUUAGAUAUGAAUUUUUACAUUGUACCGUCGAGCCUGUAUCAAACACAGCAGAAGAUGAAGAAGAAGAAGCCCAAGGCUAGUGGACGCAGAAGGUCUAGUAGAGGCUCUCUGAAUAGUCGAAUCUCCGCUGAAACGAAGUCCUCUAUCUCAGAGUCUACAGAGCUGCGACACCUGCUAGAUUCUCCAAAGGACGUGCCCAUGAUGGAUAGCAGUGCUCCUCACACUGAAAGAGAUAAUGAAACAUCAAACGCGGAUUUCUCACCACGAGAAGAAAGCCUUGGGGAGCCUCAGCAUCUACCAUCAACGCGUGAUAGCGCCAGGAGCCAGUCUGAUAAGAAGCCCUCGAAACAACAAGCUUAUCUGCAAGUUCCAACUGCAUCCUCGAUAUUGUCCCCAGAAUGUGGUGGCAUAGAAAUCAAGCCCGUUAACCAUCAAUCUAGGGGCGAAAAGGAGGAUAUCACGCACCGUAAGUCUCCUCAAACUAUCCCAGAAUUCAGCAUUAUAUCCUCAGUUGCAGGGCUCAAUUCAGAAACUUUUGUGAAGCGGUUCUUCUUGACACCGAUGUUUCAAACCUUAAGAUACAAGAACUAUUUAGACUUGCUUGAAAGCCAACAUGAAGCUGACGCUGUGACUUACGCAGAAGUGCGAAAUCAAUCAUUUUGCAAGUUUGUGAACAAAUUACUGUCCGAACUGGGAAGAGAGCAGGGAGGCGAGGAGCGUGAUGCUGACUUGUAUCGGCACGAGGGGAUUCUAGCGUGUGAGCUCUUCAAAUGCAGACAGUUUUUGAGAAGACUACUCUCGAUGAAGAUAGGUAUUGAUAAUCUGAAUGUUUUGCAUUACCUACCGGAAGAGCUUAUUCAGGCAAACUUCACCAACUAUGUCAGAUAUCUACUCAGCCUCCCGUUGACAUUACCCGAUUUCCAUGAACAUCUAGACUCUGUAACAGCGUCGCACUACAAGUUUAAGGCUUCACUUCAGGAAUUGAAGGAUAGGUUGAAUUCAAUAGCCCAAGAUGGACUUGGAAAUGAGGCGUUAGUUCUUCCUGGUGCAGACGUCAUAGUGCAAGCCAUAACGAAAGUUCUGUACGAGUACAUUCUUUUGGAGCAGUAUCAUAUCGAUGUUUUAGCUAAGUUGGGAAACAACUCCGUAUUGGAUCGACGGAUCGUAAAGCUUCUAUUCAACUUAUACAGCUUGAACAUGAAGCUCGAAAAUAAGGAAUCUUUGAAAAUUUUGAACUUCAACAUAUUUUUCAGCGCUCAGUAUUCGUGGUACCUCGCCCUAACUAUCCCAUUUGUAAGAGUUUUUGAAAGCAACAUCUUUGUUCACGACGAGGCAGAGCAGUAUGGUGACCACUUCAAGACACUGGAUCUUGAACUACACGAGUCAUUUUUCAAGCAGCUCAAAUUUGAGUCAUUCGAGGAUUUCAACAAUCUAACCAAGGCUGAUCUCAUCAAAUUGCGCAAAAACUUAGAGGAAAAGCCUCAUAACAGUGGAUCAAGCCAUGGCGAUACCAGGCCUGCGAGACACAAACCUGACAACUUCGAGUAUCUUCGUCAAGGUAUUUUUGAAAUCAAAGCCGAGACAUUUCAUGUAAUUCAGUCUCGUGAUCUUUACCUACAGCUCAAUCAUGACAAUUAUCAUGCCGUCAUAAGGGAGUUUCACAGGAUACUAAAGAAAGGCGGUAUUCUUGAGCUACCAAUACACAUCCCCAAGACUUCGCCGCCUCGCGAUUCUACGACUUCAUACUUCCCGAAGCGCCCUUCUAACGACAUAUAUUACCGAGACCAAAGCUUAAAGACAGAUUUCAUAACGGCUAUUUUUCUGGAAUUGAAUGUUGUCUUCGGUUCCAGGAAUGUUAUGCUUGGCAGUGCCUUGAUAUCGGCCGAAAGCAAAAUGAAUACUUUUGUUUCGAAUCACAUAUCGUUAAGACUUCACGAUAUGUAUGGAGAUAUCCAAUCUUUUCUAUCAGCAUUCAACGAAAUGUCGAGUCCUGCAGGUAUGGUAGGAAACUACUAUUUCUACAUUCGUUCCGAGAAGACGUGA